GAAGUUAGCAGUAGCUUUGUUCUGAGAUACCUGAGUUCUUAUCUCACUCCAGAACUAGAUCCUUAACUUCUCCACCACCUUCACCUCCUUUCCUAUACAAUAUCCACCAGCACCACCACCAUCAUUAUCAUCAUCAUCAUCCUUUGCUUCUCCUUUUAAUCUGUAAUCUUCUUUAAAUGAUCUAUGAUGUUUAAGUAUCUAUUUACUAUCUGCUUAUAUAAAACCAAGUGAACUAUGGAGUGAUGUUUGGCUUGUGGAUGUAGAUGUGGUACUGGUUCACAAGGUGGCAUUUUUUUAAUUCAUUUUCUCUGUCCACCCCCACCACCUUCUAAUAAUUUGACUAAAAAAAAGCUCAAGCUCUUGUUCUAUGACUUGUAAUUUUAUUGCUCACGCCACCUGCCCUGGCCCUGGGUCUGCUUCGCUUUCCAAGUUUCGGGCUUAUCUGGUUUCGUUUUCUCUGUCUUUAAUCCAUUUGCCCGUAUCUGCAUCCUCCUCUUCGAUGGUUUUCGUUUUUCUGCUGCAAAAUCUAGCCUUUUGAUGUGUUAAUAUCUAUGGUGUUUGGUUGGGAUUCCAAGGUUGCUCUCAGUACUUAGUCAAAGAGUUUGAAGGACAAGCCUUUUAUUUCAGCAUUGAUUGUGGUGUUUUUGUGCUCUUUGUUUCUCUGCGAAAAGAAGCCAUUUUGAUGUCUAUUGCUUGAGCUUGAGAUUCAGAAAAGAAGGAAAAGAGGUUCCUUUUUGUUGUUCUUUUGAGAGUGGGAUUAUGGGGAGGUGGUUCUUCUUCUCUAUGGUUUUGGGGGUGGUAUGCUGGGUUUGUGAAGUGGGCAGUGUUGGUGGGAUUGGGGCUAACUGGGGGACACAAACAAGCAACCCACUUCCACCUUCUACUGUGGUUCAGAUGCUCAGGGACAAUGGGUUCCAAAAGGUGAAGCUUUUUGAUGCUGAGGAUGGAACUCUGAGUGCUCUCAAGAAUUCUGGGAUUGAGGUCAUGGUGGGCAUUCCAAAUGAUAUGCUGGCCUCUCUUGCUUCUGAUAUGAAGUCUGCUGAGAACUGGGUCUCCAAGAAUGUUUCUGGAUAUGUCAGUGAUGGAGUGAAUAUCAGAUAUAUUGCAGUGGGGAAUGAGCCUUUCCUGACGACAUACAACGGGAGCUUUCUCCAAACCACACUUCCAGCUCUUCAGAACAUACAAGGGGCCCUCAUAAAAGCCGGUCUGAGUAGCCAGGUCAAGGUGACAGUUCCCCUUAAUGCGGACGUCUAUGAGUCACCAGACGGCAAGCCCUCCAGUGGGGACUUUCGAGAUGAUAUCCGACAGUUAAUGCUUAACAUCGUCAAGUUCCUGAGCGAUAACGGUGGGCCCUUCACUGUCAACAUCUACCCAUUCAUCAGCCUCUACGACGAUCCUAAUUUUCCUGUAGAUUACGCCUUCUUUCAAGGAACUUCCUCACCUGUGGUCGAUGGUAAUGCAACAUACAACAACAUGUUUGAUGCAAAUCACGACACCCUCAUAGCUGCCCUGCAAAAGAAUGGCUUUGGGAAUCUUCCGGUGAUAAUUGGUGAGAUUGGUUGGCCUACAGAUGGUGACAUAAAUGCUAACCUUCAGUACGCGCAACGGUUCAACCAGGGCUUCAUGGACCACAUAUCAACUGGGCAGGGAACACCACUGAGACCUGGGCCAAUUGAUGCAUAUCUGUUCAGCUUGAUUGACGAGGACAAAAAGAGCAUUCAGCCGGGGAACUUCGAAAGACAUUGGGGUAUAUUCACGUAUGAUGGCAUUCCUAAGUAUCAACUGAAUCUGAGAACAACCAACAAUGGGGCACUGGUGCGGGCGAAGAAUGUUAAGUAUCUGAACAAGCAAUGGUGUGUUCUAAAGCCUUCUGUCAGUCUGGAUGAUCCGAAUUUGGCGCCUAGUGUCAGUUAUGCGUGUGCAAAUGGAGACUGCACCAGCCUUGGCUACAAGACUUCAUGCAGUGAUCUGGAUGUCAGGGGCAACAUCUCAUAUGCAUUCAACAGUUACUACCAGAUAAAUGAUCAGCAAGAUGCUGCAUGUAAUUUCCAAGGCCUGGCCACCAUCACCAACAAGGAUCCAUCAACAACAACAUGCAGAUUCGGGAUAAUGAUCGAUAAUGAAUCAGCUGCUUCUCUGAGCUUAGCUCAGUUUAGGCAUUAUGAUCCUGUUUUUCGUUUCGGGUUCUAUGUGUUCUUCCCAUUGUUGUUGGCAUGGCUCUGAUUUUUAUCUUUUUGUGCUGCUGUGUUUAUACAUUACUCUGACUUCUAUAAAAUAUCAUAAAUGGAGUUCAGGGAAAUAUAUGUCGUUUAUUCAAACUGAGAUUUUGAACAAGUCUUGUAAAAAAUUUAAUGU